GGGGUAAAGGAUCUUCGCGGACAAACUAUUUUUGGGCACAUUGGCUGACUGGAAGAAGCUAAUCAGAUCCUCGUUUCCUUGCAAUAGAAAAUAGAUGAGCAGUGUGCUAACCUAUAGUUUCUUAUUCUCACAUUUUCUCUUUCUCACUUCUUCCUCAACAUUAGUACAUUGUAACGGUGCGUGUAAGGUCCAAAGAGAGAGAGGGACGAAAAAAAAAAGGAUGCAUUGUGCUCGUCAAUCCCUUGAGUGUCUGAGGCUCUCCAAAGGAGCUUCUCGUUACCUUGUAUCGAGUGUGAUCGAGUCUCCAAAGGAUAGAAUUACGCAAGGGUUCAAAAUGUUGCUGGUAAUAGGACGACAGAAAGGGGAAAACGACGAUGAUGGCAAUAACAAGGAGGAGGAGAUCGAUGAGAGGGACAGAGGGGAAGGAAGGAGAAGACGACAAUUGAUGUUCCGGAACAACGGAUACUGCCAAAGACACGACAGGAUAAGCAAAGAAGCGGAGGAAAAUAGUUCAGCAGAAGAAUGAGCGAGAAAAAAGUGGUGGAGUAUGACCUUGAUUAUAUAUGAAGAUGAGGAUGAAGAAAAUGAGUGCAC